AUGGUCAAAACCGCACAAGCGAACCCUCCUCAACCUGCGGCCAACAAUCCUCCACCAGCACAAGGUGGUGCUGCCAGCGAUGAGAGAUUGCUGAAUUUUGACGCGUGCAAAGAAGAUGUUCAUCGUCUUUGUAACAAGGAAGGAAUCGACUUGAAAAGUGAUUUGUCAAUACUGGAAUGUUUGCAAGACGCAGGUCAGACUGAAGCAGCGACGCUCACACGCCAGUGUGAGGACCUUGUCUGGCAGUACAAGGUGAAACUCACGCAAGAUGAGCGAUUCACCAAUGCGGCUAAGGGAUACUGUAAAGAUGAGAUCGCAAAAUCGAAGGAAACGGAGUUUGUUGUGGAGGUUUUCCGUCUAGGGGUGGUCUAUUUGUCAUGGAAAAAAUGUGGGCAACGCUUCCAGCGUAGGAUGUGGACACUCACACCCGGGGUCACAAAAGCUCAUGAAGGAGUGAUUGUGCCCCAUACGCAAGGAAUGGCACUGGAAUGUCUUAUAAAUUAUGUUGUAAAACACGGGAAGAAGCAGUCCGAACUUCCACUAGCAUAUGUGAUGCGACUUGUCGAAAUGCAAACUGAAGAUUUCCAUUUGGACAGACCCCUUUUCUUUGCUUGUCGGCAAGACAGAGAGCGGUAUUGUAAAGAAGUAGUAGCAGGAAAAGGUAAAAUAUUCGAAUGCCUAAUGAUGAAUCGAAAUGACCAAUUCAUGGAACCAGAGUGUGCAAGAUUACUCGCCGAACGAGCGUACAUGAUGGGCCGUAACUAUCGUAUGGCACACCCACUUGUGAAGGCCUGCGCAAACGAGAUGAAGGAAUACAAAUGCGAACCUCAAGACGAGCUGGAGUCAGCCGCUCACUACCAUUUAACAUGGAUACUGCUGUGUUUGGAGAACGGUGCGCAUAAUGCGAAGGGUAACGUCAAGAUACCUUCUCCGGACUGUCAGCACGAAAUGUUGACACAUCGUCAAAUGAUGGUCUCCGAGUUCCAUAUGGCACCGGAAAUAGUACUUCAUUGCUCGCAGGAAAUUGACAAGUGGUGUAGCCCAAGAGGUGAUAUCGAGCCAAAAGGACUAACUUUACAUUGUUUGAUGGAGCAUGCAUCGGCAACAGACAAAACUAAGCAAGUUGGACCUCAGUGUAUGCAGGCUCUGAAGGACGUCAUGAAGGAGCUUGUGCACGUGAAACUGGAUCGGAGUUCUGAGACACUUACGUGUUUGAUGAGACAUGUCGAUAGCUCGGAUAUGACUCCAAUGUGUGAACAGAGGCUGCUAGAGGUGCAGUAUUUCAUGGCGAGAGACUGGACAUUAGAUCCCCAGCUCUACGAAGCUUGCCACGAUGAAGCUGUUAGGAGAUGUCAUGCGCAAGCCAACUGGCAUCUUCCGACGAAUGGGCCAGAUCCAGGCCCAUCGGUUCUCGCCUGUCUGUACAGAUCCGCUUACGAUGAAGAGAAUCCGGUAAGAAGUUCUAUCGAAGAAAUGCGGUGUGGAGGUAGAAGAGUCCUGCACACACGUGCAGUGCGAGUGAAUCUUAUUCCUGACAUCGAAGAUGCAUGCCGAGAAGCAUUGUCUGAGUACUGCUCUCACAAUGUGAAGCCCAUGGAGGAAAUGAGCUGCCUCCAAGACAAUUUCGAGAAGAAGGAGUUCAUUAAGCGACAUCCCGGCUGCCAUAAGGAAAUUGUACGAUUCACAGAAAUGGAGUCGAAGGACACGAAAUUAAACAGAGCCUUGACAAAAGCAUGUAUGAACUACUGUAAAUAUAUGUUUAGCAAUUUGCCUAACGAAGAAAUUGAUCAUGGUGAUGUAAUGGAAUGUCUUCUUAACAACAAGGACCAACCGGAAAUGACAUCGAAAUGCCGCUCAUAUGUGAACCACUUCGAGUUGAUCUCUCUUCGAGAUUAUCACUUCUCAUAUAAAUUCCAAAAAGCAUGCGCUGCCGAUAUAGACAAACAUUGUCAGGACCAUGGCAAUGACAAGGGUGAAAUUAUUCGGUGCUUGUCCGAAGUGCGUUUCGAGCACAAAGUGCUCGGAACGAGUGCCGAUUUGUCGGAGCCGUGCAAACAUCAAUUGAAAGUCGCCUAUCUGCAACAAGAACAGGUAGAA